GACGCGCAGCGCGGAUGAGCACACUUGUUUACAUUGUGCAGCACGCGGCAGUGUGGCGAGCGCUCGGCUGCGCGAGCUUCAUGGGAGACCGACACACUGCGCUUUCCAGCUCGCAAAAGUUCGUUCCAGUGUCGCCGUUAAAGUUUUCAUUUCUGUCCGUUGAGAGUCCACUUCAUCCCCGGUUGUCAUAUCGACAUGCAGGAGUCCAAGACCGAUCAAACAACCAAUAGCGGUCCAGCUGGGCAGGGAGGUCAGAGCUCAGAGAGUGAGAAGAGAGUGACCAGAGAAACAUCUUCAUCACCGUCAGCCACAGCUCAGACCCUUCAAACACAGGCACAAGUUGCUCAACAACAACAACAGCAGCAGCAACAGCAGCAAACGAGUGGUGAGAAGUCCCCCAAGAGCACAGAAAAGGAGGCAGACACGCAGGUGGCUGUAUCAGUGGGGAUGAUAACUCCUCAGGCCAUCACCCUUCAGCAGAUGCAGCAGAUCCUUCAGCAGCAGGUCCUGAGCCCCCAGCAGCUCCAACUGUUACUGCAGCAACAACAGGCCCUCAUGUUACAGCAGCAACAGCUUCAGGAGUUCUAUAAGAAACAGCAGGAAGAACUCCACCUGCAGAUCCUGCAGCAACAUCAUGCCGGGAAACCCAAUAAAGAGCAGAUGAUGGCCCAGCAGAUGGCUAUACAGCAGCAGUUACUCUCCGUUCAACAGCAGCACCUGCUCAACCUGCAGAGACAAGGUCUUUUGUCUGUCCCAUCGGCUCUCACUGGUACACUGGCUCAAGGUUUAAUCCCUGCUGAGCUUCAGCAGCUGUGGAAAGAGACGGCAGAUGCAAGGCAGGAGGAGAAGAGUAGAGGAGACAAAUCCCCCUCUCCUCCCAAAACUCAGAUGCUCAACCACCACUCCAGCACUAAUGGACACCAUGUGCACCGGCCCAGCUGGAGAGACAGUUCUCAGGAGAGUCAUUCCCAGAGCGCCCAUCCUUUAUACAGCCACGGCGUAUGUAAGUGGCCAGGCUGUGAUGCCGUGUACGGAGACUUCCAGUCAUUCCUCAAGCAUUUGAACAGUGAACAUGCUCUGGAUGACAAGAGCACAGCGCAGUGCAGAGUUCAGAUGCAGGUGGUUCAGCAGCUGGAACUGCAGCUCGCUAAAGACAAAGAACGCCUUCAGGCCAUGAUGGCCCACCUCCAUGUCAAGUCUACUGAGCCCAAACCUGCCCCUCAGCCAGUGAAUCUGGUGUCCAACUUCACGCUUGCCAAGGCAACCAUUCCCAAAACCACUUCCUCUAUGAGUCUUUCCCAGAGUGCCACAGCCCCGUCUACACCCCUCACAUCACUCCCCCAGAUGCCCUCCGUCAUCAUACCCACCAGCCUGCACAGCAUGGGUCCCAUCCGCAAACGCUACUCUGACAAAUACAACAUAGCCAUGGACCAAGAUAUUGUGCAGAAUAAGGAGUUCUACCUGAGUGCUGAGGUCAGGCCUCCAUUUACAUAUGCAGCUUUGAUCAGGCAGGCCAUUUUGGAGUCUCCUGAAAAGCAGCUAACACUAAAUGAAAUCUACAACUGGUUCACUCGAACAUUUGCGUAUUUCAGACGCAAUGCAGCAACGUGGAAGAAUGCAGUUCGCCACAACCAAAAACAACACAAAAAUAUCCAACAAUUCCAUAAAUUAAAUUUUACCGUUUGGACUGUGGACGAGCUGGAGUUUCAGAAAAGAAGGCCGCAAAAGAUCACUGGAUCACCUCUGGUGAAGAACAUCCAGUCCGGUCUGGGUCAGAGUCCUUCCCUGUCUGCUCUGCAGGCAGCGAUGGUGGACAGCAGUCUGCCCCUAUAUGGCUCAGCGUCCAUGGGAGCGUCCACUCUGAAGGCUUUGGCCAGUGCACUGCAUGAGGACAUGAGUUCUCACGAUCAUGACGAAGGCUCCCACAGCGACUCCAGCCUGGAGCUCUCUCCUGUGCACACACUGCAUCAGUCUCAAAUUAAAGAGGAGCAGAUGGAGGCCGAAGACUACAAUGGCUCCAUGUCUCCAGAGACAGAAGACCAGCACAGUCCAGACACCAACCACAACAAGAAGUACACGGAGGAGCACGACUCUGCCUGCCAGCCGGGAUUCUCCUCGUCACCUCACUCACUCCACUGCUGAGAUCCUCACCCAUCCAUCAGCCCUCCUUCAUCUGACCAGUGCACCAUCAAACUCUGAGAAUCCUGACGCAGAAAACUUACAGCUGCAACUUUUCCCUUUGGGAACAACCGUUUAUUUAUUGUUUCGAUAUACCUGUUUCUGUUGUAUGCAAUGGUUUGACCUCACUGGUACUAAAGAGCUCCUCUGUGUUUAAAAAAGUCGCCCAUCCGCUUGCAGAGGACAUAAGAGGGCGCUGUAGGCUGCACAUCAUCUUUGGUUUUUAUAUUAAACACUACGGCACCUGAACUCAAAUCAGCCACUUACCUGAAAGGGAAGAUGGUUUCCCUGUCAACUGAGAAAGAUUCAUGCCUAUGAAUUUUUAAGCUGUCUAUGAUGAGAUAUAUUUAGCUUUCCGCAAAAUCUGUUCAGUGCAGCUGUGAAUGCUGAAUGAAAAGCUCUUUAUUGUAAAUGCAAGUUUGAAUCACCUCUGCCUCAAAUACUGUAGGGUUAGUCACCAUCGGGGCGUCGCUUAAGUUCACGGGGAGCUGACAAUAUUUUGAUGGGCUGCCCAGUGAGGCUGUAACAUAGAGGUCCUGACGACGGCCCCGGUUGCCGUGACGGUAACGUGUGGCCUUAAAUUUUGGGCUGCUUAUUGGUAGAAUGGAAAAAUGAAAUUGUGAAUGUCUAUCUUUUUUACCUCUGUUUUUUCAAGAUAAAAACAAAACCAAAGGGGAACAUUUUAUAACCAGCACUUGAUGAUGAAUGUUUUUUUCAAUCGUAGUUUUUGAUUUGUUUUUCACUUAGUGUGUACAGAAGGUUACUGUAUUUUCAUUAUCCAAAACAUGUACGCAAACAAAAGUCCCAAUCAUCUGAUUACAAGUAAAGCUGAACCAAACAUUUUCUUCCAUAUUUGAGUUGUGAAUUUUAUAUAUAUAUAUAUAUAUAUAUAUAUAUAUAUUAUAUAUAUAUAUAUAUAUAUAUAUAUAUAUAUAUAUAUAUAUAUAUAUAUAUAUACUUUUUUCUAUUUUUUUUUCCUUGGUAGAAAGAAUCAACAGUUACCAAAGAUUAUCAAAGAUUUUUUUUUAAUGUUGUGUACCGUUUACAUUGUCCCUUUUGAUAUGGUCAAGACUAAGAAGUCUUCACUUGAAUGGAUUCGAUAAGUAUAGGAUGCGUUUAAUGUCACACUCCUGACAUUUUGAGCAUUUUGUUACUCUAAUCAUUUGAUCUGACAACUCGUUAUUGUACCACAGAGAAAAGCGUAAAUGACAAGGAAAUAAUGCAUAAUUUUUGACUGAAUAACUUGUUACACAUGUCCAAAAGAAGUAGAUGACAUCUAUUUCAAAUCAACUUUGUAAGUUUGUUCAAUACAUCUGAAUAAAUGGCCUUAUGAUUAAUAAAUUCUUGUAUAAAAAUGUGAAAAAAA